AUGCCUUAUACAAAACGACUAACAUUAUCUCCAGAUCUCUAUUUUAAGUCUCUUUUGUUUAUAACAGUUGGAGUUAUAAUAAUUUCAUGUAUAAUGACUAUCUAUGAAAUUAAUAUACCUUUAUUAUUAAUUAUCAAAUGGAUAUGUACAUCAAUAAGUGAAAUAUCUGUAGUUAAAAAAUCACUUUAUAAUAUUCAAUAUUUAGCUGGAUAUGCAGGUGAAAAAGUUCAAUUAUAUAAUUCAGAUAAUGAAUCAUUUCAAUCUAUUAAUGAAGGAUAUUUUGAAAUAAAAUAUAAUGAAGGUUUACCUGUUUUAACAAAAGAACAAUUAAAUUUAUUUGAUGGUUCAAGACCAUCAAAACCAACAUGUCUUGCAAUACUAGGAAGAAUAUAUGAUGUAUCACGUGGUUCUAAACAUUAUUCACCUGGUGGGGCAUAUCAUUCAUUAGCUGGAAAAGAUGCUACAAGAGCAUUUGUUACUGGAGAUUUUUCAGAAGAAGGUUUAGUAGAUAAUUUAGAUGGUUUAAAUGAUCAAGAUUUAUUAAGUAUAUAUGAUUGGAUUAAAUUUUAUGAGAAAGAAUAUAAAUUAGUUGGUUAUUUACAAGGAACAUAUUAUACAUCAACAGGAGAAUUAACAGAAGAAGGUGAAAAAUCAAAACUUCGUCUUGAAAAAGCUUUACAUUUUCGUGUUACACAAGUUGAAGAAUAUGAAGUUUUUCCACCAUGUAAUUCUGAAUUUCAUCAAAAUAAUGGUGGUAAAGUAUGGUGUACAAAUAGAUCUGGUGGAAUAAAAAGAGAAUGGGCUGGUGUACCAAGAAAACUUUUUCAACCAUCAUCUAAAAGUUUUAGAUGUGCAUGUGUUAAAAAUUUUGGUGAUCCACUUUCUACACCAGGAGUUAAGGGUAAUCGUGGUGAUUUAGAUUAUCCUAAUCUUGGAGAAUAUGAAUCAUGUUCAUCAACAUCGAAUAGUUGUCGACUAUAA